AUGUCCAGCACCGACUUUAAAAUCCCUCUGCGCCACCAACCAGACGACGUCGGCUACCGCCUCAUCGAACUUCCCCCGGAGCUCCAAUCUCUCCUCGAAUCCGACAAUCCUCCAGUCCUCACCCUGGAAUCUUCUGAAACCUCAGCCCUCCUCAAGUCUCCCGACAGAACCUACUCUCUCCGCCAGAAAAACACGUCAAACUCCGUCAUCCUGCUCUCUCCCUUGGACUCAUCUACGGCUUCAAACCCGGGUAUAGCCGCCAUCUCCACGAUUCACGAGACUGUUGAGCUUGAGCUUGUGCCUGAACAUGCCGCUGCUGCAAGUGGGCAGCUUAAGAAUACGGGGAGCAGAGGCAAAUGGCACGAAAUGUUUGGAAAAGGACGAUAA